AUGUUUGGAGUACGUUCAGGCGAUAAUAACAGUGGAUUUACAAGCCUUACUUCGCAAGCACCACAAACGACUCCGAUGUUUCAAUCACAAUCUCAGUUGCAAGCACAGCUGCAACCACAACAGCAGCAGCAAAGCUCGCCAUUCAAUGGACCGUUUGGUGCUAGUUCUUCACGAUUUGGGACCUCACUUACCAAUACCGUAAACAUCAAUAAUAAUAGUAGUAAUAUUAGUAGUAAUAGCAUUAACAACAACAAUGUAAACAACAGCGUCAAUAACACAAACCAACAUAGCCAAGGGAAUAAUCCUAGUUGGGUGAGUAAUCCAAAAAAGAGAUUUACUCCUCAUACGGUGAUAAGAAGAAAGACAACAAAGCAAAAUUCCUCAUCUGACAUUAGCCAGAAUGAUGAAUCAUCUUCCCUGAAUACUUCAAUGAGAAAUUUCAGUAAGCAGAAUCAGGAUUUCAAACAUAAUGAAAGAAACAAAUCAGCAGCAAAUAAUGACAUCAAUUCUCUAUUGUCAACCUUUAAUGACAUUCCACCCACCGUUACUUUACAAGACUGGCAACGUGAGGAUGAAUUUGGUUCUAUUCCAUCUUUAACAACCCAAUUUGUUUCCGAUAAAUACACAGCCAAGAAAAUUAAUAGGCCAGCUUAUGAUUCCAAGAAUACUCCUAAUGUUUUUGAUAAGGACUCUUAUGUUAGAAUAGCAAACAUUGAAGAUAACCAUUUAGAUAAUAAUUACAAUACCGCCGAAACAAACAAUAAUAAAGCCCAUGAAACUUUUUCCAAGUCUUCUAGUUUAAGCGCAAUUAUCGUUUUCGGCUAUCCUGAAUCAAUUUCCAACGAAUUAAUCGAGCACUUUUCCCAUUUUGGUCGUAUCAUGGAAGAUUUUCAAGUACUGCGGUUGGGUCGCGGUAUUAGCCCCAGCUCUUUCAGAAUAUUCCAUAAUCGUGAUACAAACUGUGAUCAAAAUGAUCCUACUGCUAACAAAUCUAUUACCUUAAAAGGGAAAGAUAAUGAAACGAGCAACAAAAAAUAUCCAAUAUUCACCGGUGAAAGUUGGGUUAAGCUCACUUAUAACUCUCCAUCUUCUGCUUUGAGAGCACUGCAAGAAAAUGGAACCAUAUUUCACGGCGCUUUAAUUGGCUGUAUACCAUAUUCAAGAAAUGCGGUAGAGCAACUAGCCGGUUGCAAAAUUGAUAAUAUUGACGACAUUGGAGAAUUCAACGUUUCUAUGUAUCAGAGCUCCUCCACACCAUCAACAUCGAAUACUCCAUCGCCACCAAACGUAAUAGUAACUGAUGACGCUCUGCUGAGAGAAGAUGUUAAUUCUCCUGCCAGUAAUGUUGGUAUUGGAGCAAAAAUUUCAAGUCCAAAACUAGCAAAUUCUUUAAAUAAGCGGCUAGAUGUAAUAGAUGGCAAAUUGCCAUUCAUGCAAAAUACGGGGCCGAAUUCGAAUAUUCCCACUCUGUUACGAAGCUUGGAAUCGAAGAUGCGUCAACAAGAAGAAAAAUACAGAAAUAACGAACCCGCCGGAUUUAUACACAAACUGAAUAAUUGGUUAUUUGGUUGGAAUGACUUAUAG